AUGGUGAUUGCGAUCACCAGCGCUUAUGCCGCAAAUGCUGAAUCGAUAUAUGAAUUAUCUCCAAGCUUCAAAGAUUUCAUUAGUAAAAGACGAGCCAAACGUUCGUGGGACGAGAAUGAGACAAUUAAUGCAAAAUCUAUUUUCGACUACAAUAACGACAAAGUGUAUGGUGUGAAUUUAGGAGGCUGGAUGGUGACAGAGCCGUACAUAACACCGACUCUUUAUUGGGAUGCUUCCACCGACGGAACGGAAGCGACAGUGCCAGUCGAUGAGUAUCACUACUGUAAGCAGCUGGGUACUGAAGAGUGUCAUGCCAGGUUGAAAAAACAUUGGGAUAGCUGGAUCGUAGAGAGCGAUUUUGAGAAGAUUAAAAAAUAUGGCUUCAACACAGUCAGAUUUCCAAUUGGAUAUUGGGCCUUUGCCCACUUGAGCUCAGAUCCCUACUGUUUUGGGCAGGAAGAAUAUUUGGACAAGGCAAUUCAGUGGUGUAGAAAGUACGGCCUGUUCCUUUGGAUUGAUUUGCAUGGGGUUCCUGGCUCCCAGAAUGGGUUCGACAACUCGGGAUUAAGAGACCAUGUUGAUUGGCAAAAGCAUCCGCUAUAUGUUGAUCUUUCGCUUGAGAUCUUGCAUUACAUUAUGGCCAAAUAUGGCGGAGAAGAAUACGAGGAUGUUGUUUCAGCUAUCCAAGUACUGAAUGAGCCAUUAGGAUCGAGACUGAAUAUUAACAAACUGGAGGAAUUUUAUGUCAACAGCUACACACAGAUGAGAUAUUUAAAGAGCGACAAUUACAUUGCGUACCAUGACGCAUUCAUGGCUCCGGAAUUCUGGGACUCCAGACUUACCGGAAAGGUGAGCCAUACCUCUAAUAUUACUUUAUACCCUCAUACGGGUAAUUUGACUGGAUAUACUAACACAUCUACCUAUCAGGGGAAUUAUUAUAACAUUAUUAUAGAUCACCACAGGUACGAGGUCUUUGAUGUCGGUCAACUGUCACAAUCGAUUGACGAGCACAUAGCCUCAUUGAAAGGUUUCACAUCUGCAAUCCUCAAAGAAGACAAACCAAAGCUGGUUGGUGAAUGGGCGGCUGCCAUCACCGAUUGUGCAUUCUGGCUAAACGGUGUUGGAAGAGGUGCCCGGUACGAUGGAUCCUUCCAAUCUACUAAAAAACUAGGUAACUGUGCGUAUGCAAACGAUUUCGGUGAAUGGACCAAGGAACGCAGAAUAGAGGUGAGAAAACUAAUUGAGGCUCAAUUGGAUCUGUACAACCAAACGAGCGGCUUCAUUUUCUGGUGUUACAAGACUGAGGAUGCCAUCGAAUGGGAUCUUGAAAAAUUAGUCGAAUAUGAUUUGUUCCCCCAACCACUAGCAGACAGGAGAUAUGUCUCUGUUCUGUCUAGCGAUGCGGCUAUCGUGAGUUCUCCCCUGACAAAUAAAUCCAAGAUUGAAAUCAUUGUACUUAUACUAACUGCAUGUGCACUAGGACUAGAAUUCCUGUAA